UCUCUAUAAACUCAUCUGAAACAAAAUAUGCUAGUACCAAAUGAGAGGAAGCUCCAGAAAAAGAGUAAAGCAGGAUAACAAUAAGUUGAAGCAAAUUGUUGCAAAACCCGAUCAAGAGACCAACAAUAUGCCAUUAGUUAUAAGUGAAGUUGAUGAAUCAGCUGUGCCUCUCUCUUCUUAUGCACCCAUUGUGUCUUCUUACAAUGAAAGAAUCCGACCACUCUUGGAUGCUGUUGACAAGCUCAGAAACUUGAAGGUCAUGCAAGAGGGGAUUCAGCUCCCCACCAUUGUUGUUGUUGGUGAUCAGUCUUCUGGCAAGUCCAGUGUGCUUGAAUCACUGGCUGGGAUCAGCUUGCCGCGUGGUCAGGGAAUUUGUACCAGGGUUCCUCUGAUAAUGAGGCUGCAUCAUCACUCCAAACCUGAGUCAGAGCUUCAUCUGGAGUAUUGUGGCAAAGUGGUCUCUACUGAUGAGAUAAAUAUUGCAGAAGCUAUAAACAUGGCCACUGCAGAGAUUGCUGGGAAUGGAAAAGGGAUAUCUCACACACCACUGACACUUGUUGUGAAGAAAAAUGGAGUUCGUGAUCUCACUAUGGUUGAUUUGCCUGGCAUCACCAGAGUUCCAGUUCAUGGGCAACCAGAAAACAUAUAUGAGCAAAUUUCUGAUAUCAUAAUGGAGUUUAUAAAACCUGAAGAAAGUAUUAUACUGAAUGUUUUAUCUGCAACUGUUGAUUUUCCUACCUGUGAGUCUAUUCGGAUGUCUCAGUCUGUGGACAGAACCGGAGACAGGACACUGGCUGUCGUUACAAAGUCAGAUAAAGCUCCGGAAGGGCUGCGUGAGAAAGUCAUGGCUGAUGAUGUGAACAUUGGGCUUGGAUAUGUUUGUGUAAGAAACCGGGUUGGUGAUGAAUCUUAUGAUGAAGCAAGGAUGGCGGAGAGCAUGCUCUUCGAAUCACAUCCUCUGCUGUCGAAAAUUGACAAGUCUAUGGUUAGUGUUCCUGUGUUGGCCAGGAAACUUGUGCAGAUUCAAGCCACGAUUAUAUCUAAAUGCUUGCCAGAUAUUGUCAGGAAGAUCAAUAGUAAGUUGAAUGGAAAUGUUUUGGAGCUUAAUAAAUUGCCACAGAAACUAUCGACUGUUGCAGAAGCAUUGACAGCUUUCAUGAGGAUUCUGGGAUUGUCUAAAGAGUCUUUAAGAAAACUUCUCCUGAGAGGCGAGUUUGAUGAGUAUCCUGAAAGUAAGAGUAUGCAUUGCACUGCUCGUUUAGCUGAAAUGCUUAACAAGUUCUCUCAGGAAUUGAAAAACAGUUCUCCGAAUAAUAGUUGUGAGAACUUUCUACUUGAUGAGAUUUUUGUGCUCGAGGAGACUAAAAGUGUUGCACUCCCAAAUUUCCUUCCCAGGUCUGCAUUCCUCUCACUUUUGCAACACAAGGUUAAUACAGUAUCAGAAAUUCCUGUUAACUUUGUCGCUGAAGUCUGGAACUACAUCGAGACUGUGGUAGUUAAAAUAAUGAUGCAUCACUGUGAAAACUAUCCUCAAGUGCAAUCAUCUAUCAAGCGAGCAGCCUUAAAUCUCAUUUCCAAAAUGAAAGAUCUAUCAAAAUAUCGCGUGAUGGAAAUAAUAGAGAUGGAGGGGAUUGCUGACUAUACGUGUGAUCCCGAGUACAUGGCAAUGUGGAGUAAGCUCAUGAUGUCAUGUGAAGCUUUCAAAAAGGCUUUUGAUAGUGAUUCGUCAAUAGCUAAUAUUGAGGGUUUUGGGGAAAUUGAUAUCGGGCAUUUGAGGGGUUAUCCAGGUGUUAGAGAUGAAGCAUUUGACUUGAAGAUGAGGCUCACGGCUUACUGGGACAUUGUUCUGAAAAGAAUGGUUGACUCUAUUGUUCUUCACUUGCUUCUGUUGUUAAAGAAGUUAGUUAACCAGGGUGUGGAAGAAGAGGCAGUGGACGAGGUUUUGGGCCCUCAAGGUGGUGGCAUUGAGCGUUUGAUGGAUGAAUCGCCUUCGGUUGCUAUUAAGCGAGCAAGAUUGAACCAAAGCAUUGGUUUGCUUAAGGAAUCAAGGGAUGUGUUGGCUAAGAUCAUUGAUCGAAUAGCUCUUGUCGAUGACUAAAGUCUAGUCCUAGCUAAUCCAUUUGGCCAGUUGUUUUGUGAUUACAGUGAAGUGGUUUGAACUCUCUGUUCUCUUUUGGAACUGCAUUCUCCAAAUUAAGUAAUCCUUUUUGCUGAUUCUGGCCACUUUGUUUUCAUGAAACUUGUCAUGUAUGUGUUUUGGAACUGCACUAA